AUGGCAUACCGCCCUCCUCAUCGUCGCGAUGCGCCUGCAUCAAUGGAAGGCGCCGACUCAGCUUCGCGCUCGAACUCGAAGGGCUCGCGGCGGGGAUACGGCCCGACGACCGGGCUGUGCAGGGGACGCUCGAGAAUGAGGGCCGUCACGGGAUACGCGGCGGGAGCGCGCGGCCAGGACCAGUACGACCAGGAGGACCAGUACGACCAGGAGGACCAGGAGGACCAGGAGGCAUCCGGCCCGAUGGACUACGACCGUCACAUCCGGGCUGACAAGCCUGAUUUCUUGGUUGUCGUCCGCCUCCUUCGUAAACUUCGGGAAGGCGUCGUUGCGUCGGGUCGUACCGACGCCUUUGCAGUGGACGUGUUCGAGGAUAGUGUGCGAUACGCUGUGCUGGCGCAUGAUGGGCCGCAGCUCAAUGCGGCAUUACAUGGUCUGGUGGGAAUGUAUGCGGUAACAAAACAAAAUCCGACGUACGCCCCGCUUUUGCUCGUGUACCAUCUCGUCCACUCGCCUCGGGCAGAGUAUCAGCGCGCCCUGGAGGCCAUGACGCUUCCACCGAGGCCAAUGCGCGUGGCCACUGGGAUGGCUGGCAUCUCUCUUGCUAGCCUCUCCCUCGAGCCCAACCCCAACACGCACACCAUCCCUGCCCCACACGCAGCCACCAUGCCUCUCUCCUCCCUCCGCUUCGUAACGGACGCAGCCCGCGCCCUCGCGGAAGAGACGUUUGAUCCCCUGGCCUUCGCGGCCUUGAUAGAAAACGACCCCGAAACGGAAGCGCUGGAACGAACACUCCUCGCCUGGGCUGCUCCCGCUGUCCGCGAACGCGCGGCAGCCCGCCUCCGGCGCGCGUACGUGAGUGUAUCAAUCUCCUGGGCAGGGAGGAUGCUCAACCUCCCCGCGGCGGGGGUGGAGAGCUGGGCCGUCGCGCAGGGCCUCGACGUCGUCGAUGGGGUGGUCAAGCUGCGCUAG